AUGAAAGUUUUUUCAAUUCGAUUUGUAUAUGUAUUAUUAAUAUCUCUUAACAAUGCUUCAGCGCAAAAGAGCUUUGUGACUGCAUCAACAACAAAUGAAUCCACAUCUUCAUCCGCAUCUUCAUCCUUUUCAUCAUUAACAUCUGCAUCUAGCCCACUAGAAACAUCUUCCUCUUCCUCUUCCUCGUCAUCGUCAUCACCGUCCUCACCCUCAUCUUCCUCAUCCUCCAUAUUAUCUACAAUUGCAAUUUCUUCAUCCUCUAACAUCAUCUCAACUUCUACUUUAUGGUUAUCAUCGUCAAUAAAACCCACUCAACAAUCAGAACCAAAAAAAGAUCAUGAUCCUCCAUCACCAAUAUGUCUAACAGAUUGUGUGAUUCAAUGGAGUGUGAUAUCAGGAAUCGGUGCAUUCUGUAUAGCUUUUCUUAUUUGGCGUAUUUUGCUCUGUUAUUGUUAUAAAAGGAAAAUGCAAAAUACGAAAUCAAAUGCAGCAACAAGGAGAAAUGCGAAUUUAUCUAAUAAUAAUAAUGUUAACUUUACUGGAUCAAUAGAUUCUUCAUCUACAAUCCAAAGACCAGCAUCUUCAUAUACUCGAACAUCAACAAUGAAAUACUCAUCAUCGCCAAAACGAUUAUCGUUUCACGGGAAUUCAGGCAGUUAUAAUUCUAGUAUAUAUUUACAACAGUCACGUAAUCCUAGUGUAUUACGAAAAUCGCGAAAUUCUGCUGUAUCAUCACCAAAUAACGAUAACACAUCAACAUUUAUUAAUAUAAAUUCAAAUGAAAGCACUGCUAAUAGUUUCUCAUCGUUAUCAUCUCAUAUUAAUAAUGACGAACUAUUAAAAGAGAAUAGCAAAAAUAGUGGGAUAGAAAGUAAAAGUGAAUUUUUUCACCAGAGUAAUUUUGAGGAUGAAGUUGAUCAAAUUCAUUCACAGGAUAACAGUCAACUUGGAUUGUUAAUAGAGAAUAUUUCAAAAGAUGAUAAAUAUUGUAAUAGCAGUAAUAAUUCUAGUAACGGUAAUAUUAAUAUCGAUAGUGAUAAUUAUGGAAUGGAUUUAGAACAGCAAAAAAGUCAUGCGCUCCGUAAUUCUGUGCAUCUAAUUCAUAUUCUUGGAUUAGACGAUAAAGAUAAAAAUUUGCCAUAA